CUCGCUCAAUAACUCUCAAGUAAAAAUCUCCUGCUGCCGGCUUACUUCUUCUAUCACUGGCCGUGGAAAUUCCUUAUAUAGUCUCUAAUGGCGACCACGAUGAUGAUCAAGUGCUUCUUUGCCAUAAUAUUGCAUGCUUUUGUGGCUUUUUCUCAAGCAGAAGCAGACACAACCCAGGGGUCAACAGCAAUUCUCAUCACGGUUGAUCAGUCGGGCAAAGGAGAUUACAAGAAAAUACAAGAUGCCAUUGAUGCCGUGCCGAUUAAUAACGUGGAUCUUGUGUUUAUUAGGGUUAGGCCUGGAGUGUACGAAGAAAAAAUUAGUGUGCCCGCUGACAAACCCUUCAUUACAGUAAGUGGCACCAAGGCAAACGACACCAUAAUAACAUGGAACGACGGUGGAGAUAUAUUUGAAUCUCCAACUUUCUCUGUUUUGGCUUCUGAUUUUAUAGGCCGGUAUCUCACAAUUCAGAACACUUAUGGAGCGGUUGGCAAAGCAGUGGCGCUAAGGGUGUCGGGAGAUAGAGCAGCAUUUUAUGGGUGCAGAAUAUUGUCUUAUCAGGACACCCUACUUGACGAUACCGGCAGACACUACUACAACAGCUGUUAUAUUGAAGGAGCUACUGAUUUUAUAUGUGGAAAUGCUGCUUCUUUUUUUGAGAGGUGUCAUUUGCAUUCAAUUUCGGGAGGAGCAGGAGCCAUAACAGCUCAACGAAGGAUGUCCCCUUCGGAGGACACAGGGUUCACCUUCUUCAGCUGCAAAAUCAGUGGCGUCAAAACGGCAGUGUUAGGAAGACCGUGGGGUGGCUAUUCAAGAGUCGUCUUUGCCUUCACUUACAUGUCCAAUGCCAUACUUCCACAAGGUUGGGACGACUGGGGAAACUCACUCGACCAAAGUACGGUUUACUAUGGGCAAUAUAGAUGUUCUGGAGCUGGAGCUGCAACAUCAAAAAGAGUUGAAUGGGCACGUAACCUUACGAGUGAAGAAGCUGCACCCUUCUUAACCAAGGACUCCAUCGAUGGCAAAGCUUGGAUAAGAUCAGCCCCAACCAGCUUCAAGAAGAAAGCAUUUUCUACUAAGACUUAAU